AGCCCGUGAGGGUGGGCGUCAUGGCGGCUUCUGGGCCGCUCCCGGUGACCCAGGACCUGGCCACGUUGCGUGCCAAGUUGCAGGGGCUGCUGCGGUUCCUGACGGAAGCCCUGUCCAUUUCCAGUGCACAUACGGUGGACUUCUACACGGACUCCCUGUGGGAGCAGGUGGUCGACUUGCCCCCGGAGACGGUGCUGGCGGCGCUGAGGUCGGCGGCGGAGGCGGAGGCCCAGCCCUCGGAGGCGCGCCUCCAGGUGGAAGCCGAGAGUGGAUCAGAUAUUACUGAUUUUCCGAAAAUAUUUUGUGAAACUUCCCAGAAGCUGGUGAGUGUGGAAGCCUUCGCUCUGGCUGCUAAAUAUUAUUCUGUAGAAAACUUGGGAAUAUGUACUCCUUUUGAACAGUUGCUUGUAGCCCUUCGUGGAAAUCAAAAACAGAGAACUGAUGAAAAUGUGAAGCCAGAUGAGUUUAUGAAUUUGAAAAAAUCUCAUGAAGUUCAGGCAAUGUCAGAGCUCAUCAGCAGUAUUGCUGAUUACUGUGGAAUAAAGCAGAUAAUUGACCUGGGUUCUGGAAAAGGCUACCUAAGCUCCUUUUUGUCCUUGAAGUAUGGCUUAAAAGUUUAUGGAAUUGAUUCCUCGAAUACCUGUACUCAUGGAGCUGAGGAGAGAAACAGGAAACUGAAGAAACAUUGGAAAGUCUAUCGUAGGCGGUCAAAAUUAGAUGUCAAUGGACUGGCAUUACAAAUGACAAAAGAAAGGAAAGUGCAAGAUGAAAUUAAAUUUAAAGCCGAUAUUGAGGGAGUAUGUAACAGCAGUAUUGCAAAUCAAGAAAAGAUGUCAACCUCGGACUUUCUGCAAGAUUUUUCAGGCUCUGUAAUUUCUAACAUCAGAAAACAAAUGGAAAACCUACAUGUUUAUUCACAUCGAGAAGAAAAUUUGUGUUUUGAAAAUGCCUUUUCUCUUAAGGACCUUUUGCCUAUUAAUGCCAUAGAACCUACUUCUUCAUCCCAUAUACCCAAGAGAAAAAUGUCUGAAGCAAAUAAAGAGAGAAGAAAAAUGACAUCAAAGUCAAAUGAAUCCAAUAUAUAUUCACCUUUAACAUCUUUUAUCACUGCUGAUUCAGAACUACAUGAUAUUAUUAAAGAUCUGGAGGAUUGUUUGAUGAUAGGUCUGCAUACUUGUGGUGAUCUUGCUCCAAAUACUCUGCGAAUAUUUACUUCCAAGUCUGAAAUCAAGGGAGUUUGCAGUGUGGGUUGUUGCUACCACCUCUUAUCUGAAGAGUUUGAAAACCCACAUAAAG